GCCUCAAGGAAGCCAUGCAGCUGCUGGAGGACUACAAGCACGGCUCGCUGCCCCCAGGAACCACCAACAAAGAGUUUCCUGGCUAAGGCACCGCAAACUUAUUUCUGUGUGGCAAAAAGGGAGCUGGCCUGACCUGAGAAACAGUCUUCUCCAGAUGCAGACUGAGAUGUCUUCAGAUGUCUCAGCCACGGAAGUGUCCAGAUGUCCACCAAGAAACACAGGCCCCUCAGAUUUUGGAGACUUGUUUUGGGAUGGGCUGCCUAGAGGCCCUUGGCUGUGGGCAGGGCAGGACCCGAGAGGGACAUCAAAAACCCUUUGGAGAGCACAGAAAAUAAAACAGGCCAUCAUCCACCCGGACACGAACGAGACCAUUUUCAUGCCUUUCCGAAUGUCAGGUUACAUUCCUUUUGGCACGCCUAUUGUUGUGGGUCUCCUGCUGCCAAACCAGACCCUGGCCUCCACCAUCUUCUGGCAGUGGUUGAACCAGAGCCACAACGCCUGUGUCAACUAUGCAAACCGGAACGCAACCAAGCCGUCUCCAACCUCCAAGUUCAUCCAGGGCUACCUGGGGGCCGUGGUCAGUGCCGUCUCCAUUGCGGUGGGCCUUAACCUUCUCAUCCAGAGAGCCAACCAGUUCACGCCGGCCACCCGGCUCCUGAUCCAGAGAUUUGUGCCAUUCCCUGCCGUAGCGAGUGCCAACAUUUGCAACGUGGUCCUGAUGAGGCACACGGAACUGGAGGAAGGGAUCGACGUCCUGGACGAGGAAGGGAACGUGGUUGGAUCGUCCCGGAUCGCUGCCAGACACGCCCUGCUGGAGACGGCGCUCACCAGAGUGGUCCUGCCCAUGCCCAUCCUGGUUCUGCCUCCCGUCAUCAUGUCUCUCCUGGAGAAGACGGCUUUUCUGCGCUCCCGACCUCGGAUGCUCCUCCCGGUCCAAAGCCUCGUGUGCCUUGCCGCCUUCGGCCUCGCCCUGCCCUUGGCCAUCAGCCUCUUCCCCCAGAUGUCCCAGAUCGAGGCCGCCCGUUUGGAGCCGGAGAUCGCCCGCGCCACCACCAGCCUGACCGUCACCUACAACAAAGGGCUGUAAGCGGAAGCCAGCCCAGCCCUGGGCGCCCGAGACAGCAGCGCAGCAGCGGCACGGAGAGGCGUGAAGGGAGGAGGGGGCGGUUGGGGAGGGGGCGGAAUACAAUAGGAAGGAGAAGACGACAAAGCUGCGGCUUGUAACAUCUUCCCUCCGUCAAGAAUGGAGUGUAAAUUAGCACUUUCCGAGACCCGGUAUCUCACGUUGGUCGAAAAGAUUAAUAUUUAAAAUUCUCAAUUAGCGACAGUAACAGCACAAAGAGAAAGGGGGGGGGAAGGAAGGAACUGGGGGGGGGGCUGGUGGAAAGUCUGGCUUCCUCUGGCUCUGCUGAGCUCCAGGCCAGGCUGGCAAGCCCCCUCCCACCAGAUGUGUGGGAAUGCAGCUUUCGGGGUCCCAUGGCCACACAGGGAGCUGCAGUCCCAGACAAUUUGGGGAGGGGGAAUCAGCUGGAGCAGCUGCAGAACGUAGGGAGGGGGACUGCUCCCCCUUUCAGGCUGGAGUAGGAGGCCUUUCAGUCCUUGAGCUGUGUAGACAUGAGGGAGGCCUCCUCCAGCUUGGCCAGAGCUGUGGGGCUCACUUUAAUUCCAAGCCCUUCUCAGAGGGUCUCCUGGGCCCUCUUCCUUGCUCCUCCCCCACAACCGCCAGCACCCCACCCCCUUUUCCCUGUGCCCAGCCGCCUCCUGCAGCCCUCGGGAGGGACAUUGGACGUGUGAGCUCCUGGAGAGGCUGCUGGAGUCACCCUUCUUUCUGUGCUGGGCCCCCUGGAUUUUUUGGCUUGCAGACUCCCACAGUGGAGAGGGACCCUCUCUGCAGUGACCCUUUCCACCGAAGGCAGAGGACCUCUUUAUGGGGCCAGCCGUGGGACUGAGGCCCAGCAGGGCUCUUCCCUUCCUACUGCAUCCCCCCCAGGGGGAAGGUCUUGGGGUGGAGACAUAAGCAGGUGAGGAGGCAGCAUACUGGGGGCCAGAAUGUGGGGUAGCAGCAAUCAGAGCUUUAGAGGUUGGGGGGCUGAACGAGGCUGGUUCUACCCACGGCCUGCUUCCCCCCCCCAACCCCUGAAAUACUUGUUUCGGCUCCCCCUGAGAGGCCCCAGCCCCCCCCCCC